CCGGGGUCCUGCACGGCAGUUGAAAGAAUGGCGCGAGAAAUCGGAGGGAAUUACUUUAAUAUCAUGUAUUGAUGGCACUAAAGAAAUCAUCACUCUCACUGGAUUACAGUGAGAGUGACUCUGAGGAGUUGCCAACAUUUGCCUUUCUCAAGAGGGAACCAUCUUCAACAAACAGAAGGCAGCCUGAGAGGGAGGAGAAGAUUGUGGUUGACACCUCAGAUUCUGAGGCCUCCUAUCCUCCAUCACUAGGUUUGAAAGAUUCACUGCCUAUCCUGAGCACAGCUGAAACUGUCACACACACAGAGCCAGGCACAGUACUAAGCCGUGAAAGUAAGGAUGAAGUGGUAUAUAUUCCCCUGGCUGAGAGGCUUACAUAUAAGUUUUUGACCCACAAGCAGCUGAGCCCAGAAGACUCUAGCUACUUAGUUAAAAGUGUUUUGGGUCAUCAAAAUAAUGAAGAAGCAUCAAGUGACUGGAAAAAGGAUUCCUUUCCAAAGGUCCCUGAUAUUCCCCUCCAUCAUACCCCAGAGAGUAGCACAUCAGAUAACAAGGACCCUAUCAUAGAUAAACCGUGCCAUCACCUUCCAAUCUACCAGUCUACCUGUCCUGUCCAGAGCAACAGCUUGAUAGUAGCCAAAACAAAUUCUGACACCCUCCCAUCUCAGAAGAAAACCAAGCAUCGUCAGAAGGUCCAGGGAAGAGGUUCGCAGAGAUGCUGGCAGCAGGAACAAGCAAGCCAGAAGCAAAGCACCCUGAGAAGAGAAAGAAAGAAGGCAUCACUGGUUAACAGACUGAAAUCCCAGAGACCAGAGGAAUGCUUAAAAUACAUCACUGUGGUGCUGGAUCCAGUGCUUUUACAGAUGGAAGGUGGGGGCCAGCUCCUCGGAGCUUUGCAGUCCAUGGGGUGCUGCUGUGUGAUUGAGGCACAGGUCGUGCCUUGCAGUAUCACUUGGAGGAGAAGGACUGGGCCACCUGAGGACGGAGAGGACCCGGUGGAGGAGCAAAUGGUCCUGGUGUUGCUUCCAGCAGAGGUGUUUGUAUCCAUGAUCUACAACUUGAAACAGGGAAAUCUGAGCAACACUGAAAAGGGGAAGGAAACACUUCUGGGCUUUGUAACUGAUGUCACAGCAAAGACAGCAGGGAAAGCUCUGUCACUGGUGAUUGUGGAUCUGGAAAAAUGCUUCAGUCCUCAGAAUCCCCCAAAGAGAAAGAAACAGGGAGUAGCAAAUAAACAGGCCAAAGAGAAGCAGCAGCUGCGACAACCAAAGGCCAACAUGGGGUCCAUGGUGUCCAGGGUCGACAUGGAAGAGGCACUGGUGGAUCUGCAGCUACACACAGAAGCCCAGGUUAAAAUUGUACACAGCUGGAAAGAACUAGCCGACUUUGCAUGCUCAUUCACCAAGGCUGUGGCUGAGGCACCCUUCAAGAAGCUCCGAGAUGAAACUAGCUUCUCCUUCUGUGUAGAGAGUGACUGGGCUGGAGGGGUAAAGGUGGACCGUUCUGGCAGGGGACUCGCACUGGUCUGGAGAAGACAGAUUCAGCAGCUGAACCGAGUCAGCUUGGAGAUGGCCAGUGCCAUUGUGGAUAUCUACCCUUCCCCGCAACUCCUGGUUCAGGCUUAUCAGCAGUGUCUUUCAGAGCAAGAAUGCCAGAAUUUACUUGCAAACAUAAAAGUGCGCCGUGGGGAAGGUGUGACAUCUACCUCCCGCCGUGUUGGACCAGAACUGUCCAGACGUAUCUACCUUCAAAUGACCAGUAUACAACCAGAUCUCUGUUUAGACAGUGGUGAUGGAUGUUAGCACUCAGGGACAAGGCUGAAAAGCUGGAGAUUUCCACCUUCCCACCCUCAGAGCCAGGCUGCAGUGAGGGAGACUGGCAAUACCUACCGGAGCACAAGUCUGGUUGAGACCAUAAUUCUUUCCUGGGUUUCAUUGCUUGUCAGUUUCCCUCCCUGUCAGCUCUGGCAGAAGACAGAGAUAGCUGCAGCAUCCAAUGUGCCUCUCCUAGCAAAAAAUCAGUUGCCAUGGACAAACAACCUUAGCCCUGUCCCAGCCGGCCCUCAGAAUGCAAAGGAACAAAGACAGACCACUCAGACAUGUAUUUAAUAAUUGUAGAAAUCCAAAAGAAUCAGCAUCAAAUCUCGAAGUCAUGAGUGAACUAUCGCCUGUGGGUUGGCGUUGUGACUAGGCUCAGCCACUGAGAUGCCUCAACCAGCCAAGGAGCAGAAUAUGAUUAUGCUGACUCCUAUAUUGUCUUAAUCUCAAUGUAUGUAUUAUGUAUAGAGUUUCAGUAAAGCAUUUGUAUCAAUGGUUUGGGAGCUUGAAGACUAAAGGAAUGUGUAGUGAUUCUGAGUAAAAUAUGGAUGCAGCAGAACUAUCCUUUGGGGAGAAGAUUAACAAGUCCUUUCUUCCAGUAUCAGGACAGUCAUGACUGGCAGUCCUAUCAAAGUGGGUCACUACAGCUAAAAGGCAGGACCCUGCCCUCUGUUUCUGAACUAUGACAAGUUCUUAGUCCUUCCUGGGAAAGGCAAGGAGCUUGCUAUUGGGAGUAUUCAGUGAAUGAGCACCUUGAUACAGUCACAUCUGAUCCCUUCAUCCAGCUGUUGGUAAAGAUAAGGAAAAGCAAGAAAAUGCUUAAUCUAGCAGACAGGAGAAUGGCCAGUGCUGCCCACUAGCUGAUGCACCACUUUUCAGCUCCGUGAUGCUAAACAUCUCCGUUCAUUCCUUUCAGUUAUAGCUUGGAAUCAAAUAAUUCUGAACCUUAGUAUCUAUGAAGCUGGUAUUUCAAAAUCUUCAAAAGCAGGAUGCCUCUGAGGUGUUUAGUCACGUCAAGUACUAACAGAGCUGUUAGGCAAUGUAGCUUUGCAGAGAUCCACCUCCCUGCUUACUGGCCAUCAGGGAUUAAUGCUCUAAAAUUGAGGGAAGUUGCCUGGAUUGCUGCCAUUUAAGGGAGCCACAGAACUUACAGCAGGACUCCAUGGGAGCUGCCUUAUACCCUGAUGGCAUGAGAUUUCUGUGUCACAAAUCUGUCUACCAUGAAAGAUUCUAUACAUUCAAUUCUGGUGUGAGUUCUGUUCCCUCAGAACAUUAUAAAGGUGGCAUAACGAGGAAAGAAACAAUUUCAGAGUAGAAAUCUAGUUCUGCCUGAAACUAGCUGGGAGACUGUAGGCAAGUCAUGGAAAGUCUCCAUUUUUCUGUGUGCAAAUGUUACACUGGACUGGAUAGUCAUGAAGUCCCUUUCACAGCCAGGUUUUGUCCCUAAAUUGCUGAAAUCGCUGAAGUCCUUCAGAAAAUAGUUAUACCUUCCCCCCAAUUCAGGCUGGAUAUGCUGAGUGUGGUGUCCCCCUAGUCCCCAGUAACAUUUCCUCCUG